AUGGACUGUUUGCGGUUAGGCAAGCAGGAGCGAACGGGAGCCCAGGUGAGGGAGGCCACGCUGAGGCUUACCGGCACCGGCGGCCUGGAUCUAAGGAAAGAAUCCAAGGAUGAGGAGGGUCUAGAAGUGUACGGAAUGUUGAAGGAAGGAAUAGGGUUCAAGGACUACCUACAUGGACCAAUGGAUGCAGGAACAAAGCUUAAGGUCAAAUUCAGGACCGGGGACAUAGGCCUUCGAGAACGUCGACGAAGACAUAGGACGGUAGACGAGGAAGACGACGAGUUCAAAUGUGAUUGCGGCUUCGAAUGCGAAGUCCUUGUUCAUGUAGUCGCGGAAUGUCCGUUGUACAAGCAGGAGAGGGAAGUGU